AGGUCCCGGUAUUGGAACGAGUAAAUCCGUCGGUCAACGCCGAUGAACUUCAACUUAAAAAAAAAUAAAAAUAAUUAAAUAAUUACGUUUUACGAAAUAGUUUGUUUUUAUCACAUAUCCGAGCGAGAGAUUAGAGCUUUUGAAUGGUAAAUGUGUGCAUAAUUUGACAGUGUUAAUGUAAAAGUGCACGCGAGCACAUUGAAGCUAUGCUUUGGUGAAUGAAAUUUUUGGGUAUUAUGACUUGUGGUGGUGAUCGUAAUUUAAAUAGUGUCGGUGAGGAUUUGGAGAUGAAGCAAAAAGAGGCUGAAGAAAAUUACAAAAAUGGAAUCCUUAAUAGGUAUUAUUACGAGGAGAAUGACGACCUCAAUACGUACUUUUCCACCGAUAAAAUCGAAAUUCCUGAAACAGACAAGGCCGGAUUUAGUUUUCGUAAACUAUGGGCUUUUACUGGUCCAGGUUUCCUAAUGUCCAUAGCGUAUCUGGAUCCAGGAAAUAUCGAGAGUGACCUACAGUCCGGUGCUAUAGGCAGAUAUCGUUUAUUAUGGGUUCUAUUCGCUUCCACCAUUUUGGGGUUCGUUAUGCAAAGUUUAGCUACGAAGUUAGGGUGUGUAACUGGACUUCACUUAGCGGAAAUGUGCCACAGACAAUACAAAAAAUUCCCAAAAAUCAUUUUAUGGAUAAUGAUCGAGAUCGCCGUUAUAGGAUCCGAUAUGCAAGAAGUCAUCGGCACCGCCAUAGCCAUUUAUAUGUUAUCAAACAAAGUGAUACCUUUAUAUGGCGGCUGUCUCAUAACCAUAGUAGACACCUUCACAUUCCUAUUUCUGGACAAAUACGGCCUAAGAAAACUGGAAAUGUUCUUUGCCUUAUUAAUCGCCGUCAUGGGAAUCAGUUUCGGUUACGAGUACGUCAUCUCCGAUCCCAAUCCAGCCGAUGUUACCAAAGGACUUUUCAUUCCAUGGUGUCAAAAUUGUGAUACAGCGGUUCUUUUACAAGCUGUAGGAGUGGUGGGGGCAGUGAUAAUGCCCCAUAACCUCUAUCUGCACUCCGCUCUGGUCAAAUCCAGAAAUAUCGACAGGAAGAACCCGGAUAAAAUCAAAGAGGCCACGCUGUACUAUUCGAUAGAGAGUGCCAUAGCCUUAUUGUGCAGUUUGGUUAUAAAUAUAUUCGUCGUUUCAGUGUUUGCUUAUGGAAUGUUCGAGAGGACCAAUCAGGACUUGCUUAACACUUGCGAGAAGCAGGGCCAUGAAAUGUACGAUAUUGCCAAGGACGUUUUUAAAAACAAUACUGAAGUGGUGGACGCGGAUAUUUACAAGGGUGGUGUAUUUUUGGGGUGCACAUACGGUUUUAUCGCGAUGAUUAUUUGGGCGGUGGGAAUUUUGGCUGCUGGACAAAGCUCGACCAUGACUGGAACUUAUGCUGGACAAUUCGCUAUGGAAGGUUUUCUUAAUCUACAGUGGCCCAAAUGGAAACGAGUCCUUUUCACCAGAAGCAUUGCGAUGGUACCAACUUUCCUCACAGCAUUCUACAGUUCAUUAGACGAGCUGACAAGCCUUAAUGAUUUCUUGAAUGCUGUUAUGAGUCUGCAGCUACCAUUCGCCUUAAUACCCACGAUAGCAUUCACUAGCAAUCCUUAUAUAAUGGGGAACUUUGUUAAUGGAUUGGCUUAUAAAGUGGUGUCAGUGCUACUGGCAGCGGUGAUAAUAGCGAUUAAUAUAUUCUUCGUAUCAAACACGAUAGCGGAAAGCGACUUUGAUACUUAUGUACUUGUGGUGAUAUACAUAUUGGCUGUAGCAUACUUCGUUUUAGUUGUAUAUACGCUGAUCCAUAUGGUGAUCAGUUUUUCUGGGGAAAAACACUUCGAAAAACCGUGGGUUAAGAAGUAUUUUUCCGUAUCGUUGGAAAAAGUGCAAUUUAACGGCGGCGGUACUGCGUAAAAAGUGAAUGUUUCUAGUCCAUAUUAAAAUUUUAUGAUUAUAAGCAUUUUUGUAAUUUUUAUGUAAAUAAAUAAUUUAUUAUAUAAA